AUGAACCGUUUACCGAGCGAGGUCAAGCAUAUGGUUGUGCAAAACAUCCCCGACCGCGACUCCAAACAAGCUUUGGCGUGUGUGUCGCGCGAGUGGCAGGUUGUUGUCGAGCGUUUCACGUUUGAGGAUCUCCAGGUCUUUUCCAACCAAGAGUACGAUGAACAGUCAGAAGCAGAGAAUCCGUCCGUGGACGAGCCGAUCAACUCAUGGGAGAUGUUCAAGCAAUGCUUUUCCGGGGGAAACGAGUAUCGACGCGUCUAUCUACGUCAUCUUGUUUAUCGAAUCGUCCUUGCGCCGUACGCGUCUUCUGAAAACGACAAGGAGCCAGAAUCAAGGCUGGUGAGGAGGCGCAACGACGUUCGCGCAACCCAUGCGGUGCAUAAGCUGCUCCGCUUCCUCUCUGAGUGGUCUCCGAACUUGAAGAGUCGCCUUACCCUGAAAAUGUUUGCCGAGUCCCCUUCCGACCGUCAACACUGGGGGCCUGACAACAACAACACUCCAGAACGUACCCAUGAUGUGACCACCCCGAGGCCGAGGCGCGGGCUGUGGUACCCGGACGAAUAUGUCUAUCCGGGCCACAGGCGGUGGAUAAACUCUCAAUUGAGCAUCUUGGACCACAUACCUGCCGAUAGCGACCCUUCCGAUAGCGACCUCAACGCCGAUGGGCGGCCCUUGAGUUCAGUUCCCCUCAUCAGUACACUCCACAUUGGCCCUUACAAUGGCCCAAAGGGUCGUAGGUUUGAUCCUUCUCGGCAAGUCUGGCUCACGAGCCUGAUGCCCGAGUUGGAGACGACAGAGUGGAGUGGCGACCACUACGGCAACCCUGGCAUAUGCUCGCAUAUCCACGACGACAUUACAAAGGCCAUUGAAAAGUACAGCCUACCGCCCACGCUCAAGCAUCUCGAGUUUCAUUUCGACCACGAUAGGCUUCCCGAUCCUAGAGUGCUCGUCAUCCCUCGCGAGUUUGUGCCACCUUCCGAGGCGAUACAAGAGAGCCAGGUAAUUGAUGACGGGGGCCUCCCGGCCGCUCUUCCCGACAAAGCAGAAGAAGAACCCUUCUGGAAAGAGCUUGAACGACUCGACGUGUACUUUGAAACCACGUCCCCGACCGGAAUGCGUUACUUCCAGUUCAACACUGUGCCACGCUCGGUCGCCCCCAUCUAUUACCGCGGCCCGCUCAACAACCGGCCCAUCUACGCUGCGCAAAGCAGGGAAGACUUCCUCGCGGUGGCAGCCGAAGAGGCCAUCUUGAUCCAACCGAGGUGGUCCCAGAUGAGCUUCUGGGGCAGCAGACUCCCCGACGACGUCGUCGUUGUCCCAUUCCUGCAGGCCUUCGUGCAGGCCAUCACGCGCAUGCCCAAGAUCCGAAGCGCCUGCCUGCACACUCUCAUCCCAGGGCCACAGCGCCCGCCCCACAGAGUCCUGUGGGGCGUCACCACUGGCAGCUGGCGACCCACCCCCGAGCUGCGCGCCAUGUGUCUUGCGGCCAGCUGGCUGCGGUUUGGGAUGGACGCCGAGCUGGUGUUCUUGCCGGAGAAUCGGCGGCCAAAAUCGGCGGCCAAAAUCGGCGGACCUUUCUGGCUGAAGACGCCCGGUUCCGACCCGAUCAGCCAGUGUGGAGAUCGGCGAUGUUAG